AUGAAUUGGAAUUAAUUUGAGGCAAUUCACUAAGAGGUUAUAUAAAAUCUAGAAAAUAAUGGGUUUACUACUCCAACACCUGUAUAAGUUGAAGUUCUAAAUAAUUAUCAAAAACAUAAGCAUAUUAUUAUCGCAUCUUAAACAGGAUCAGGUAAAACAUUAGCAUUUGGAAUUCCAUUAAUUUCUGAGAUCUUAAAGAAUAUUAAUAAUUAUCCAGCCAAAUAAAUAAUAGCAUUGAUUCUAACUCCAACCAGAGAAUUGGCUAUGUAAAUUUAUAAACAUUUGAAAGCAAUCACUAAUUUGUCAAUUGGUUGUUUAGUAGGAGGAAUGUCUAAAGAAAAAUAAAGAAGAGUUAUAAAUGCAGCUCCAUUGAUAUUAAUUGCUACACCUGGUAGAUUAUGGGAUUUUAUUGAAAAUGAAGAAAAUGAGAAAAUUAAAAAAUUGAAUCUCAUUAAAUUUUUAAUUAUUGAUGAAGCUGACAGAAUGGUUGAAUUAGGUCAUUUUCCAUAAUUAGAUAAUAUUAUGACCAAAAUUACAACCCCAUCUUAAAUAACUCAUGAUAAAGAAAGAAUUAUUUCAAUGAUGAAAGAACAAAGUGAAGCAGCUUAUCUAAAUAAUUAAAAAAUUACAUUUGAAGUUGAAAAACCAGUAGAAAUGUCUUAUGAAGAUUUUAUUAAAUUAUAAAAUGGUAAAGGUAAGAUUUAUAUUGAUAAUGAUAUAAUUAAAAAUGAUAUUGAAGAAAUAAAUAACGAUGAUGAAGUAGAAUAAGAAUAAAAUAAAGAGGAAGAACAAGAAGUAGAAGAAGAAUAAGAAGAAGAAGAGGAAGAGGAAGUAGAGGAAGAAUAAGAAGAAGAAUAAGAAGAAGAAGAACAGGAAGAAUAAGAAGAAUAAGAUAUAUCAGAUUAAGAAGAUAUUAAAGAAGAAGAAAUAGAAAAUGAAGAUGAAGAUGAAGAAAAUAUAGAAGAUGAAAUUGAUGUUUCAAAUGAAGAUGAUGAAGAAAAUGAAAAAGGAAAAAAAUAAAUAAAGAAAUAAUAAAAAUAGAAAUAAAAGAAAAGACCAUAAAAUUUUUAAUAAUAAGAUUACUCUUUAAAGACUAGAUAUGAAUUAAGAACAUUUUUAGUUUCUGCUACCUUAACUCAUUAAUUCAAGACAGGUUCAAAAUUUUAAUUUUUAAAGUCUUCAAAAAAUGAUUAAUAAAAUUAAGCAGAUAAGUUGUUAAUAAAAUAAAUGAAAGCAACAGUUCCUAAAUUAUAAUCACUUUUAGGUAAAUUGAAAAUAAAAGAAUAACCAUAUAUUGUUGAUUUAACUUAAUAACUUGUAUUUCCAGAAAAAUUAUUAUUUUUCAAAUCAAUAAUGGAAGAGGACGAUAAAUUAUUACAUAUAUAUCAUUGGUUUAAAAAUAAUGAAGAUUAAACAUUUAUUAUCUUUUUAAAUUCAAUUACAUAUGCAAAUAAAGUUACAUCAAUGUUAAAAGUUCUUGGAGUAAUAAUAUUAUUUAAUUAUUUUAGCUUCCAGCUGUUACUUUACAUUCUUAAUAAUAAUAAAGAUAAAGAUUAACUAAAUUAGAUUAAUUUACAGCUAAAAAAAGUAAUAUCAUGGUUUGCACUGAUGUAGCUGCAAGAGGUCUUGAUAUUGUAGGUGUUGAAAAUGUAAUUCAUUAUCAAGUUCCUUUUACUGCUGAUACAUUUGUUCAUAGAUGUGGUAGAACUGCUAGAAUAAAUAAAGAAGGAAAAACAUUAAUACUUAUAGGUCCAAAAGAUAUGGCUAGAUUUGCAAAAUUGGAGAGUGAUUUAUUAAGUAGUGGAAUUAAAUUUGAAGAUUUCAAAUUAACAUUUAAUUAAGUAAAAAAGAGUAGAGAGAUGAUAAAAUAAGCUUAAAGAUUGGAGAAGGAAGAUCAUUCAAUAAAAAAGAAGAAGAAUAUGAAAGAAGCUUUAUAGAAAUAAUUAAAAAAUGAUGAUUUUGAUUUAGAUGAAAAAGAAUUAAAAUAAGAAUUAGAAAAUGUAUAUUAUAUAUAUUAAUAAUUAUAGAUUGAAGAGGAAUUAAUUAAAAAAAGAAAGAAGUUAGAUCAUGAGAAAAUGUAAUACUAAUAAUUAGUAUCAUAAAAGAAUAAGUUAGAUAGUAGAUUUGAAAGAAGAAGAAAUGGAUUAUUUUUAUCUCCUGAAGAUACAUUAUAAUUAGCUGAAAAGUUAAAGCAUUAAAAAGAAAUGCUUCAAUUAAAAUAAUAAAACUAAAGAAGGUGA